ACAAAACACAAGCACACUCAAAACUGACCAAGACUCCAAAAGUCUCACGAAGAAUGGACAGAAUUAGGCUGAUUGAGGCUGCAAGAAAGGGAGACGUAAACAAGCUGCACAAUUUGCUCAAAGACGACCCCUACCUCUUACGGGCCGUUGCUCUAGCAGAUGGAGACACACCGCUGCACAUUGCCUGCGUUGGCGGCCACGUAAACUUUGUGAAAGAUGUCUUGAAUCUUAGCCCGGAGCUCGUCUUGGAGUUGAACCAAGACGGUUUUAGCCCUUUGCACAUUGUUUCAGCUAAUGGAGAUAUAGAGAUUGCGAGAAAAAUAUUGGAACUAGGCUGCCAUCUCUGCUUGGUGAAGGGAAAAGAGAAGAGAAUUCCACUUCAUUGUGCAGUGGCUAAAGGGAGAAUAGAGGUCAUAAUACAGUUGCUGUCAGCCUGUUCGGAUUCCAUCACUGAAGUGACUGCUAGAGGAGAAACCUGUUUUCAUCUGGCUGUGAAGAACAAUCAGUUUGAAGCUUUUAAGGUUUUGGUCGAGCACGUCAUUGUGUUCGGUAAAGAGGAUCUUUUGAACAAGAGGGAUGAUCGAGGAAACACUAUCUUGCACCUCGCGACGUCCAGAAAGCAGUACGAGGUCAUUGAUUUGUUGCUGGACAAGAACUUUGGUUACAAGGGCAAAUUGGAGAUGAAUCUCUUGAACAAAAAUGGCCUCACUCCACAUGAUGUCCUAAGAUCAGAAGGAGGUGAUACUGAUAUAGAGGAAAUGCUUAGUCGAGGUGGGGCUACGACAACCCAAACAUUGCCGGAUUUGGCAACGGAAAAUUCAAUAAAUUCAUCUCAAAUUCCGUUGCAAAAUCAGUCAGCCCAAGAACAACAGAGAAAUUCUCGCAAAUCCGCCUCCAAGAAGUUGCAGGAUUACUUCAAGUAUGACAAGAUCAAAGACUCUCCAACUAAAGUUCGCAACACGUUGCUCGUGAUAGCCGUGCUUAUAGCAACCGCAACGUACCAGGCUGUGCUUAGCCCUCCAGGUGGGGUGUGGCAGGACGACUUUUGGCCAGAUACUAAGAAUAAUGUUUCAUCGGCUAGGCGACCACCACGACACAUGGCUGGGCAGGCAGUGAUGGGGACUAACAAAGCCGUGGCAUACGGUCUUUUCCUACUUUUCAACUCCCUGGGUUUCUUCAUGGCACUGCACAUGAUGAAUUUUCUUACAAUUGGACUUCCUCUGCAGUUCGAGCUUAGAGUUGCGCUUUUUGCGUUGACAGCGACUUAUGACACUUGUAUGGUGGCGAUUACACCCAAUGGCUGGAUCCUGGUGUUGUUCAUCGUCUUGUCUAUUGUGAUGCCAUUUAUAAUGCCGGUUUUGACUAUAGUGGUGAGAGAUUAUAAUCGAAAGGGACGACAGUAUGAGUUGCCAGCACAAGGGCAAGCUAGUUCUUGAGAAUUAUGUUUGAGGUUGUUCAUCUUUUGUUUCGUUUUUGUGUUUGUGUUGGAGAUUUUUUGUUUACAUGAAUUAAACUUGAGCACAAAUUAAUUAAAUGGAUCAGAUUGUAAAUAUUAUUGCACUUGAAUGUGAUUGAUCAUUGUUUUAUAUUGUAGGCCAACUACUUAAU